AUGACGCUUGAAGAAUUACGAAACUGUGAAAAACAAGGAGAAGCCACACUUGAUGAGGAAACAUUUUGGGGAAAUAGAAAUACGUGGAAAUAUCAUUGUUGCGAGUGCAAAACAACAGCAAACGAAAGCAAGCUGAAGUUUCGACUGCAUGGAACAGCAAGAUGCACAACAUGCGAAAAUGAUGAAAAUGAAAGGAGAUUGGAAAUGGGUGAAGAAGUCCCGGAAGAAUGGAGAAUGUAUAAAGUAAUAAAAUGCGAUGUGGCAUAUGCAGCAGCAGUAGAAUCAACUGAAUAUGGUCAAAUAAAGGAUAAAGUAAGGGAAAGAACAGAAGGAUCAGGUAAAAGAUUCAAAAAUACAAGGGAACGGAGCAAUAACAAAACAGGAAUCCUAAGACUAGCAGGAUUAUACUUCCGGAAAGAAAAAGGCGAACUUAUAACGGAGGAACAGUUAAAAGUGGCAAAGGAGCCACAAGAAGAAGACGAGUGGACCUAUACUGGAAGAGAAUGGACCAGAGAGGAAGAAUUAACCCUACAAAGAACUCUGUAA